CGAAGAUGACAAUGUGGGAGUCCUCCUUGGUCGUGUGGUCAUUUUUCAUAUUUACACUAUUGUCCGCUACUUUUCUUUCAAACAUAUUCAAAAAUAAAAAGUACAACAAUAACCAGAACGAUCAAAGUCAAACAGGAUACAAAUUUCCUCCGGGGAGAAGAAGCUGGCCUCUUAUAGGUGAUAGCUUCGACUGGUACUCUGCCAUUGCAAGUUCUCAUCCUUCCAAAUAUGUUGAAGAACAAGCCAAAAGAUACGGGAAGAUCUUCUCGUGUCGUGUUUUUGGUAAAUGUACAGUGGUAUCCGUCGAUCCAGAGUUUAAUAGAUAUGUGAUGCAAAACGAAGGGAUAUUGUUUCAAUCGAGCUAUCCCAAAUCUUUUCGGGAUUUGGUAGGCGUCAAUGGUGUUAUCACAGCUCAAGGAGAACAACAAAGGAAACUCCAUGGAAUUGCGUCCAAUUUUAUGCGUAUAAACAAACUCAACUUUAGCUUCCUAAAGGAAAUUCAAACCAUAAUCAUCCAUUCCUUGACCACUUUCCAUGACCGUCAUCAAAUCAUCUCUCUCCAAGAUGCUUGCAGGAAGAUUGCGAUUAAUGUAAUGGUAAGUCAGCUAUUGGGAGUGUCAAGUGAUUCGGAAGUGAAUGAGAUUAGUGGUUUAUUUUACGACUUUGUGGAUGGCUGUCUAUCUUUUCCUAUCAACUUACCUCCCUUUGCCUACUACUCCGCCAUGAAGGCAAGGAAGCAAAUCAUAAGGAAAAUAAAGAAGAAAAUGAAGAUGCAGAAAUCAAUGGAAAGGAUGAGUAGUAGUAGUAGUAGUAGUGGGCAUGGAGUUCUUGCAAGACUGUUGGAGGAACAAAAGCACUUAUGCGAUGAGGCAGUGGAAGACUUCAUAAUCAAUCUUCUUUUUGCUGGAAAUGAAACCACUUCUAAAACAAUGCUUUUCGCAGUCUAUUACCUAACUCACUCACCUAAAGCAUUCAACCAACUUCUGGAUGAACAAGAUGGUUUGAGAAAUAGGUGUGGAGACAAUACAAUCACAUGGCAGGAUUACAAAUCAAUGUCCUUUACCCAAUGUGUUAUUGAUGAGACACUUCGACUCGGAGGAAUUGCUAUUUGGUUGAUGAGAGAGACAAAAGAAGAGAUUAAAUACUCAGAUUAUGUGAUUCCAAAGGGAACUUUUGUUGUUCCAUUUCUUUCUGCCGUACAUUUGGAUGAGAAUAUUUAUGAUGAAGCUUUAACCUUUAAUCCUUGGAGAUGGAUGCAGCUUCAAAAUCAGGAAAAGAGAAAUUGGAAAAGUAGCCCAUAUUUUGCUCCAUUCGGAGGAGGCGCUAGAUUGUGUCCGGGAGCUGAAUUGGCUCGUCUUCAAAUUGCUCUCUUUCUCCAUCACUUUGUUACCAACUAUAGAUGGACGCAAGUUAAAGCAGAUAGAAUGUCUUUCUUUCCCUCUGCUCGGCUAGUCAACGGCUUCCAAAUUCACUUGAAAAGACGGGAACACUAAUCAUAUAUUUGUGCAGUUCACUAGUUAUCCAACAAAUAUUUAUAGUUUGACAGACUUUUAUUCUCAUGAAAAGAAUAUAUAUUUUCUUCAACUCUAGUUCAUUGUAUAAUUUAAAUAGGGAAAAUGAGCAACACUUUUCGUACAAUAAACAUGUUUUCGUGUUCACUCAAUUUCUAAAAAAAUACCUCAAAUUA